GUUUACGAAACCAUUGUAUUCUUUCAAAACCGAACACUGAUUAUUCAAAAGUCCAUUAAGUAUACCUCAGCCGACCAGUUUAUUAACAGCUCGCUGAAGAAAACAAUGUGCACGCAGUGACCUUCCCAAAGUUCCUCGCAGUUUAGUACCGGGUACCUAUUUAUUCAAUUAUGUGCUUAAAAACAGUUUUAGUUGUUCUUUUUAUUAUUUAUAUUGGAAAUUAUUCCAGUGCCGCUCAGCAACAACAUUGCCAAAAAAUACAGAUAAAUAAUAGUAAAAUGUAUGGAGAGUGUUGUGUUUUUAAAGUUGAAAAUAUCAAUUUACAAGACGAAGUUGAAGAAGCUUUGUUAAAAAGUUCACUUAUCAGAGAGUCACAAGCAAAAAAUGAUUUUACAAAUCAUAAUCCAAAACUCCCUCAAUACCAUGGAAUUAAUAGACCACCUCCUGGCGCUAAACAAAACCAACAAUCUUCAAAUAAUAAACACAUAGAAGAUUUACAGCCAAUGGAAUCAUCACUACUUCCAAACAUCAGAGAAAAACCGAAUAAUCAAUUUGACAAUCCAAUCAUGAUGAAAUUUCCAUCAAAUAAUAGAGGUAGAGAAAAUCAAUAUCCGAAAGAAAAUAUUGAACCUCAUAGUCCUGAAAAUCUGCAAUCAGGGGGAAACCGGGAAACCUUUCAUAGAGAUGUGCCCAGACCCACACAUCAAGACAUUCGCCCAUUUGAAGAAUCCCAUAGGCAUAGCACGCCGCCUUCACUUCCAGUAGAUCAACAUGAAAGAGAUUUUUUACCAUACUCUCACAGAAAAACGCCUAUAAUUGAAAACUCAAUGGCUAAAAAUACUAGAGUUAGACCACAAGACACUCCAGUAAUUUCACAUAAAAAGGAUCCACAAGAUAAUGCAAGAAUUGUUGAUUAUGUUCCCCCAAGAAGACAAGAUGAUACAGAAAUGGCCGAUAACUAUUCACCGAGAAACCAAGGUAAUCUAGAGCCAACACGAUUACCAGAAGAUUUUCCAGAAAGAAGACCACAAGAUAAUCCAAGUUUCGAAAAUCUUCAUCCAAUUGAAGAACCAUUUACCAGACCUAAUGUCCAACGACCAACUUCUCCUGCUCUCCAAAGAAAUUCGCAAAAAUCUAAUAUGAAGGCAGAAAAAAAAGUGUCAGUCUCAACCAGUGAUACCUAUCAAUCUACAAUAAAACCGUUGAUAAAAUCAACCACAGAGGAUGAUUCAAGUGAUAUCGUAUUUUUGCCUGAUGAACAGUCUACGGAAGUACCCAAAGUGGUAGAAAAUACGACUAUUACUUCUAAUGUCAGUGGGGUGGACCUGGACAAUAGAAAUGCUGUGGGUGUGCCCAAUGAAAGAGUGUUGCCAAAUGGUGAUCAAGCCACAGAAUUUUAAUGUAAAUAAUUAUUAUAUAAUUAAUUUUAUUGGUUGUGAAUAGCGAAUAUGUUUCAAUAAAUCUUUAUGGUAAGUAAGGUAAAAAUGUUGUUUUGUUGCCCCA